UAGACACCCACAACCCCAAUUGGAUGGAUAUGCAACAGCUUAUGGGAACAUUGUUCAAUCUGGAGGAAAGGGAAAAGAUCAGAAUAGAAGUGGCAAAAAUUGUGAAGCCCGAUUUGCCUUCACUUUACACCCUUGAAGACUAUGUCGAGGCUAAGUUCCCUUCUAAAGAUCCUAAAUGGAAUCCAUAUCGUGACCUCCAAGAAUUGCAGGCUUAUCAGCAAUUAGCAGUGCAGGCAGUCCAUGCAGCAGGGAAACCAGCUGUCAAUAUGUCUAAACCAUCUUUGGUGGUGCAGGAAGCCACAGAGAGUCCAGAAGCAUUUUAUGCUCGGCUGCUUGAAGCCUACCAAAUGUACACCCCUAUUGAUCCAACAGAACUUGACAAUGCUAGAAUGCUUGCCAUGGCUUUUAUCUCACAAAGCACCCCUGAUAUUCGGAGAAAGCUGCAAAGAUUGGAAGGCGCCCUAGGGAAGCCCAUGAGUGAGCCGAUGGAAGUAGCCCGGAAGACUUUUGUGAAUAGGGAAAAGGAGGAGGAAAAGAAAAGAGAUCAGAAAAUGCAAUGGAAGGCUGAGCUGCUUGCAGUUGCUAUGAUGGGGGUGCCAAGGGGCGGUGGAAGAGGCAGAGGGAGGGGAAUGGUGUUAGGACGAAACCAGUGUGCCAUAUGUAAAAGGGAAGGACACUGGAAGGGUGAAUGUCCAGAAAGAGAGAGGGAGGAGGAACAAGGAGAGGGAAGAGGAAGAUUUGCAAGGUUUGCCAGAAGCUUCAGAGGUAAUCCAAGAAGAGGCCAGGGAGGGAGAGGAAGAAGAGAAGGAUUUUCAAGGACCCUCCCCCUCAUAGGCCUGGCAGAAACAGAGGAAUGGGACUGAGGCCGACCGGGUUCAGCCCGCCUCCCAGAA